AUGGCCGAAGAACAACAGAUCAACCUACUAGUCUCGCGGAGAACAACGAUGCUGGAAGCUCUGGGUCGGGCAGAGGCAUUUCUUCGAGACUUCAACGCUCAACGCGAUGGACAGCAGGUGCCAUUGAGGCUGGAAUACCUCAACCGCAUGUGGACGUCACUUGAAGAGGUACAGGCUCAACUGGAGGACGGUGAUGUGGAAGCUCUCGAAGGACGGUACUCCAACGAAUAUCUGCUAAAAAAGCGACACCUGCAAGCACUCUUCGACAUCCCACGCAUGAAGAAGGAGUCUGCAGCAACACUUCACGGAUUGGUGGACGAAUUCGAACGUCAUACGAAGAUUCUUCAUCAUUUGGGUGAGCCGACGGACGCCUGGAGCACGAUCCUAGAACACUUAUUAUGCACGCGACUGCACGAUGAUUCACUGAAGGCCUGGGAGGACCACGCAUCCGUAACUGAGAACCCAAAUUUCGCAUGUUUGAUCGAUUUCCUUCAGAGGAGGACAAGAGUACUGGAAUCGAUCUCGGUCAACCAUCAUCAAUCUACUAGCACGACAAACACAAACGAUGGUGCGUCUGCUAGUCAUUUCCGGAGACAAUCACAGUUUCGUCUCUCGUCAUGCGCAUCAACCGCUAACUAUUCUUUCAGAUGUCCCAUAUGUAGUCAACAGCAUUCGUUGGCGAGAUGCGGCAAGUUCAACAGCAUGUCAGUGAACGACCGACAACAGCUUGUGAACACGAAACGAUUGUGUCACAACUGCCUACGGGAGGAUCACAUAGUCCGCCAAUGCCCAUGUGACCUGAAUUGCAAGAAGUGCAAUCAGCGUCACCACACUUUAUUACACACGAGCCAAUCCGCCGGUCCUAAGAAGGUCAGCAACGACGCUGUUUCUCGUUCAACGUCUUUCGUCGAUUCUGCUAACAGGGCUACGUCGUCGUCUUCUCCUGUAGUUUCCGAACAAACCAUGGUAGCAGCUGUUGAAGAUGAUUCGAUUGUCGAGACGAGUGUUUCUCUCCAGCAUCCUCGUGAAAAUGUCUUCUUGCUAACCGUCAUCGUAAAUAUCGUCGAUGCUUAUGGACAACAUCACCCCACUCGUGCCUUAUUGGAUAGCGCAUCGCAACCGAAUUUGAUAACCGACCGCAUGGCUCGUAUCCUCCGCCUGAAGAAGCAUCCCGCCAACGUUACCGUCCAAGGGGCCAGACAGUUAUCCAAAGUCAUACACGAGUUCAUCUACGCCCAAGUUUCAUCCAGAAAGGAGCAUUUUUCUUGCGGAAUUAAUUUCCUAGUAAUGGACAAACUAACUGCCAACCUUCCUGCGCAAAAUGUCUCCAUAACCGACUGGAGAAUUCCAAAGGAUCUAUUCCUAGCAGAUCCAACAUUCAACAAGAGCCAACCAAUCGAUGUAGUGCUGGGGGCCAAGCACUUUUAUUCAUUCUUCCCGAAUGCCGCACGAAUACAAUUGCAUGGCAAUCUCCCGCUCCUGGUUGAUAGCGUUUUCGGAUGGAUCGUUGCGGGCUCUGCUGAUCUAGUGUCCCCCAAGAUCAAUCCAUCGUCCAAUUCUAGCAGUCUCGUGUGUGUAUCUAUGGUUUCCUUGGAAGAAACUCUGGAACGUUUCUGGAAAAUAGAAGAACUAACGACCAAGGACAACUACUCCGUCGAAGAAAGGCGCUGUGAAACACUUUACCAAUCGACAGUCUCUAGAAACCCUGACGGACGGUACAUAGUUCGCCUGCCUCGGAAGCCUGAUUUUGACGACAUGUUAGGCGAGUCGAAGGCAAACGCACUGCGACGGUUUGAGUAUUUGGAGCGACGUUUGGAGCGAAACUCCGAGCUGAAGGUUGAGUAUCACAGAUUCAUGCAGGAAUACAUCGACCUCGGGCAUAUGCAGCCAAGCAAACUAACUGAGACCAAAGGCGCAAAAUCAUUAUACCUACCACACCAUCCUGUUAUCAAGGAGGCUAGUACUACGACAAAGGUUCGUCUUGUAUUUGAUGGUUCGGCAAAAACGUCUACCGGUUUUUCCCUCAACGAUGCCCUCUGUGUCGGCCCGGUCGUCCAGGACGAGCUACUCACUACAAUCUUACGGUUUCGGACGCAUCCCAUCGCUCUAGUAGGUGACAUAGCGAAAAUGUACCGACAGGUUCUCGUGCAUCCAGACGAUGUUCCACUGCAACGCAUUUUCUGGCGAUUUUCCUCCGAUAUGCCAGUACAAACCUUUGAUCUACUUACCGUUACCGGUUUAGCUCCAUCGUCGUUUUUGGCCACUCGCACGCUGCUACAACUGGCUGACGACGAAGGCCGCUCGUAUUCCAUCGGCAGCAGGGCUCUCCGGAAAGAACUCAGCAAAUUGCUCGAAAAGGGAGGAUUCGUUCUUCGCAAGUGGACUUCAAACCGGCUCGAAGUGCUACACGGCCUAGACGCCGACAAAAUCGGUACCCAAUCCCUUCUGGAGUUCACCCCCCACGAGACAGUGAAAGCGCUAGGAAUUAUUUGGGAACCAGAGGGAGAUUUUCUUCGCUUCGACUCGCAAGUACAAAAUGACGGCAAACCGCCCACCAAACGUUCAAUUCUAUCCUCUAUCGCCAAACUAUUCGACCCCAUCGGUCUUAUUGCGCCCGUUGUUGUGAGGGCCAAAAUCAUCAUGCAGCAGUUGUGGCUGCUACCUGUCGAAUGGGAUGAUCCAGUUCCUGAGACUGUUCGAAACAACUGGGAGAACUAUCACGAUGAGUUGCCGAAAAUCACCGCCCACCGGGUAAAUCGAUAUGCUUUUCUCCCAUGCUCUACCAUACAGUUGCAUACUUUCGCCGACGCUUCUGAAUUGGCCUACGGUGCAUGCAUCUACGCUCGUUGCGAAGACGAGCAGGGAAACGUCAAAGUCGAGCUUCUAGCAGCCAAGUCACGUGUCGCUCCACUAAAACGACUAACUAUCGCACGUCUAGAACUCUGCGCUGCAGUUUUGGCUACCCAUCUCCACGAUCGAGUUAAACACGCCAUCGACAUUGACGUCUCUGCCUCUAUUUUCUGGUCGGAUUCCACCAUCGUUCUCCAGUGGCUCCGAUCCCCUCCGAACACAUGGCAGACCUUUGUGGGAAACAGAGUUUCGGAAAUACAACAGUUUACCCACGGCUGUCAAUGGAGGCACGUUCCUGGUAGCGAAAAUCCCGCUGACUUAGUGUCCCGCGGAAUGUCGGUCGACGAGUUCCUGAAUAGUAAGUUGUGGAAGGAGGGGCCCCACUGGUUGCUGCAACACUGUCGAGAAUGGGCCGCCUUUGAACCGCCCGGCGUUGCUGAGGAGAUGCUAGAAGUUCGACAUGUUGUAACACUGGUACAAUCAACGCCAUCAGUUAAUGCGAUAUUUCUCCGCUGGUCAUCAUACACCCGCUUACUACACGUUACCGGCUAUUGCCUUCGCUUUCUGCGGAACGCCCAUGCCAAGGCCAGAACGCAGCCUCCUCCCAACACCACAUCCGUUGUGAAAUCGUUAUCUGUGGAACUACUUACCCAAGACAAAUUUAUACUAAUACGCCUUGCUCAACAGGAUGCCUUCGGUUCAGGAAUAAGAGAGUUGGAAAAGGGGAAACCAGUAGCAAAACAUUCGCACGUGCGCCAAAUGAGUCCGUUUUUAGACCAGGGAAAAGUGUUGAGGGUCGGAGGUCGACUAAAGCUAGCCCAGCUUCCCUAUCAAAUGAAACAUCCUGCCCUACUCCCAAGCUUUCACCCCCUAUCACUUUUAAUUGCCAACUAUUAUCACAACAAAAUGCUUCACGCCGGUGGGCGAGUACUGCUGUCCGUCAUCCGAGAAGAAUUUUGGCCAGUACAUGGCCGUCGCUUAGUUCGCAGCACAGUACGCAAAUGCUUUCGCUGCACUCGCCUCAACCCGGAACCUGCCCGUCAGCACAUCGGUCAACUGCCCGUUCAUCGAAUAGUCCCUAGCCGCCCGUUUAGUGUCGCUGGAGUAGACUACGCUGGCCCGCUGUACCUAAAACCAAUCCACAAGCGCGCCGCACCAGCCAAAGCGUACAUUUGCCUGUUCAUCUGCUUCGCCACCAAGGCCGUCCACAUUGAGCUCGUCAGCGAUCUGACCACCCAGGCGUUCCUGUGUGCGCUCCGCCGUUUCAUUGCUAGGCGCGGCCGCCCAACACACAUUCACUCGGAUAAUGGCAAAAAUUUCGAGGGAGCUAAAAAUGAAUUGCAACAGUUAUUUGCCAUGUUUCAAAACCAGGAGGAAAUCGAAAAAAUUACAUCAACUUGCGCAGAGGAAGGUAUCACUUGGCACUUAGUCCCGCCAAAGGCACCCCAUUUCGGCGGUUUGUGGGAGGCGGCCAUCAAGGUAGCCAAGAAACAACUUUACCGCCAGCUCGGUCCGUCUCGACUAUCGUUCGAAGAUGUUGGAACGGUGCUCUCGCAGAUCGAAGCUCUGAUGAAUUCCCGGCCGCUGCUGCCAAUGUCAGAUGAUCCGGAUGAUUUGGCUGCACUCACACCAGCGCACUUCUUGAUCGGAACCAGCAUGCUCUCCUUGCCUGACCCAGAUCAUCGGAACAUCCCAGUCAACCGACUGGAUCACUACCAGAAACUUCAACUUCACGUUCAAAAAUUCUGGUGCCACUGGCGAUCGGAAUACCUUCAGGAGCUGCAAAAAGACACCGUAAUGAACCGACGAAAUGACAGUAUGCUGCCAGGCCGAAUGGUUGUUGUCGUCGAUGAGAUGCAACAACCAAUACGUUGGCCUCUCGCCCGAAUUUUGACCACUUCACCAGGUCCAGAUGGAAUGACCAGAGUCGUGACGCUACGCACUGUUCGGGGAAUUAUCACCCGGCCAAUCACAAAGGUUUGUUUACUGCCGGAUUCCACUACCACUGCAAUUGAUGGAGAAGAAGACCCGCUAGCCAUCAACCCGCAAUCAGCUCAACGAUCCGGAGUGCUUGAAGAAGAAAACUAA